GAAAUUGUGUUGAAACCCCUUUGUGAUCCACCAUGAAACGAAAAUCAGAGAGUGGCAAUAAACAGCCGUUUGAGCGGAAAAAGACCGAACUGGUGUUUGACCCACAGAAACGGGUGGAAUUCCUUACUGGAUUUCACAAACGCAAGCAACAUCGACGGAAAAUAGCUCAAGGUGAAAUGCAGCGAAAGCUGAAGGAAGAAACAAAACGUAUACGCACGGAGGCGAAAGAAAAGAUGAAAAACUUGUACCAUUCGUACAAACCCAUACCGGAGCUAACGGAAGAGGACAAAGCCGAGGACCAGGAAGAGGAGUACGAUACGGAAAAUGUAACCGUAAAGGUAGUGGAGCUGUCUACCCGCGACCUAGCAAAGGAAAACAAUUGGCUCGGUGAAAACCGUGUUAUGGUAAAUGAUGAUAACGAGUCAGAAGCGGAGGGCUCUGCGAGUGACGACGAGGAGGAGCUCGACGAACAUCAGCUGGGAGUUAUACCGGGCAUGGAGCUGGAGGGAGAGAAAAAGGUAAAAAGAAAGCAUAAACCUUUGGCCGAAGAAGAUGCAAACGACGACACCAAGGAAAAAGACGAUAAGAGUGCGAUGGAAAAAGUGAAACCGAAAAAGGGACCGGUACUCAAUCUGGAUGGUAUACGGUCGAAGAAGGAGUUGAAUCACAAGCUAAAACGGUACGCACUGAAAUCUAUGAAAAACAGCCAAGCUUUCCGGCAGAAAGAGCGAGUACAUAAACAGAAGCAGCUUAAAAAAUCUCGCCGCAUCCGACACCAGAAGGAGAAACACUUGAAGCAGAAAAAGGGCUUCAGGGACCGCAAAGCUGCUGGCACUGCUGGUGGUCGAGACUCAAAACGGAAACGAAAGGACGAUUGA